GUGAAUUCAAUUAAUUUUACAAAUAAUGCCCGGAUAUGAAAGCGAGAGGUUUGUGGGGCUGACCAAAGAGGACAGGGAUGACCUAACCUGUAGUAUAUGUCACAACAUAUUCCGGGAACCAGUGGUCGCCCAGUGCUGUCGACAGACAUUCUGUAGGGAAUGUAUCGUCGAUUGGUUGCAACACAACGCUGUCUGUCCUUUCGAUAGGAGACCGUUAAAUGUGGGCUCACUGUCCAGUCCGGCCCGUGCAUUUGAGAAUAUAAUGGGAAAACUGCAAAUAAAAUGCGAGUAUCGGGACAACGGGUGUCCAGAUGUGGUGCCAUUGGAGCAGUUGACACAACACGUACAGCACUGUCCCCACAAUAUGUGCGCCCAAUGCCAUUGUAUCCGUAAUGCGGGUCACGAUUGCGUCCAAUCAUUGCUCGACGUGAACAGGAGGGCCAACCGGCAGAUUGAGUCCCUUCAUGACCAGUUGGCCUCCCAGUGCUGCUGUUUUGUCAGGUGGUGUCGGGGCUAUCGGGACUCAUAUCGUCGCACAUCAUUUUCAUCCAAUGCAAGCAUUAAUUAA